AUGUUUGGGUGCGAGAAACCCGUGUUCAUAGGCCUGUUACUAAUUGGGGUUAUUAGUAUAGCAGGGCCAGUUGUAUUGCUGGUUCUUUUACUUUCUCCAAUUCUAAAGGAUUAUCCUAAACCCCCAAUAUGUUCUAUAGAGAAAUUUUACAUUCCUGCUCUUGAUAAAUCCUUGUCUGGUAAUGAAACCGCAGCCACCGUCAAUACAACGAUAUCAUUUGAUAUCAAACUCAAGGGUCAGGAUGCAAAUGUUACCUAUGAUGCUCUUAACAUCAGUCUUUAUUACAUCCAAAAAGGUAAUAUCAGUCGUCAUCUACAGGUACCCAUCGGACAUGUAUCAAUACCAGGAUUUCACCAGCAAAGUACUGAAGAAGUUCAUCGUUUUGAGACGGUUCAGACUUUUGGUGUUCCAUGGAAAGAAGCCAGGUCGGAAGUUGCUAAUGGGAGUAAUAGGAGUAUGUUUACGGUUGAUUUAGCUUCAAUUGUCAUGCUAAAAAAAUCCUAUAUUGAUCCUGAAUAUGGUAUCAGGACGACUGUCACAAGACCGAAGUUGAAUUUGGGUGUAAAUGUUAGUGUCAACGAUCAGGGAACAAAAACGGUACCCGGAAGUUUGAGGCUAACUUCUGCAUCCUCAACUAUCAGCCCUUGUAGUAUAUGUGUGCUCGUUUUAUCAAUCUUGUGUUUUAUUUGA